GUUUUUAAAUUUUGAUAUUAUCAAUAUGCUCGAAAAGAAUGACAUUAAAUGUAUUACUAUGCAAAAGGAAAUAACGUGUACUUUGCUCACUUAGUCACAUGUAUUUGAUUCAGAAAAACUAUUAGAACAAUGGCUGAAAUUACAGUUUCUCAAUGGAAUGAUAUGAUAACAAAAAGUCUUAUACCAAACAUUGUUAUACUUUCGAUUUAUAUCGUUCUUGGAACAUGCGGAAAUAUACUGGUUUUAUCAGUUUAUACUUUUCAAAUGAAAGGAUUGUCAGAUGAGAGAUAUUUCAUACCGAUUUUAUCUGUAUUUGACAUGGUAGUAACAAUCUAUUGUGGACUGUUCUUAAUAAUACAAUGUUUUCACCAAGUAACAUUUAGUAACAAUAUAUUGUGUAAAACAGCACAAUUCUUUGCCGGAUUAACUACAUUCAUUCCGAUUCUUUUAUUACUUAUUAUUGCAGUCCAACGAUAUCUAAAAGUAUGUAUGCCUCAUAAACCGGUAAUGUCGCUUCGUGUUAAAAGAAUUGCGUUGAUACUAACAAUUGUUAUUUCAUUGAUAUGUGCAUUCCCGUUACCGUUCGUUUACGGUUCUGUUCCAUUUCACAGCGUCAAUUAUGGAAUAAACGGAACAAAUUGUGGCAAAUUAAAAGAAGGUCACCAAUUAGCAAGGGCCGUAUAUGCCAUUGUGAUAGGCUUUCUUGCUGUUGCUACAGUAACAACACUUAUUGUCUUAUACUCAAGAAUCGGAUGCACAGUUUUUCGUCAAUUCAAAUUGAACAAAUCGAAUAGUAAUCGAGUAGAAGUUGGAAAAUCGGAGACAAAAACUGACGACGAGGAAGUUUCUGAAGUAGGUCAAAAUGGCGGUAUACAAACUUCCAUCACUUCAGAUGGAGAUUCAAACAUUUCAAAUACAAAUAUUGCCAAAAAUCACCAAACAACUCUAUCUGGAUCCAAAAGAAGACAAAAGAGUAACCGUCGAAUAACUCACAAACUGACAAUUAUGUUUUUUGUUAUUACUUUGGUCUUUGUAUUAAGUUAUUUGCCAAAAGUUGUGUUGCUUAUAAUUGAAGGAUUAUACGAAGAUUUCUGGGAACAAUUAUCAGACACUAGAAGAUCUGGCGUGCUGUUUAUAUAUGAAAUGUUUAUUAUCAAUAAUAUCGUGAACCCUUUUAUUUACGCUUUUAUGGAUAUCAAGUUUCGCAAAGAAGCGACAGUAUUUUUAAAUCGUGUUUUUCACUGCAAAUUUUAAUUGUAAAUACUUAGACACGUUUUAAAUACUAAGCAUUAUAACUGCUUACUUUACAAAGCAUUUACAUGUAACAUAAUCAAUAAAGAUAAGGCCACACCAAAUCAACUUGCUGCA